AUGGGCCGAAAGGAUAAGCCGGUCCCUUCUGCCUCAUCCUCUCCAAGUUGCCACGAUGAUCCAGAGGAUUCGGACGCUGAUACUUCGCGCCAGCAACGACAUCAAGUGUGGACCGAGAACAAGGUCCUCUUCACCGCGCUAGCCGCUCGCUUCUGCCUGCCCCGUUUCACUGACAUUGACUAUGAUGUCUUCACGGACGCUGCUACUUAUGUAGCUGCUGGCGAGUCUCCCUACAAACGCGCCACUUACAGGUACACUCCAGUCCUCGCGUGGAUCUUGGUCCCGAACGUCUAUUGGGGGAACUUUGGCAAGUACCUCUUCUGUUUUGCGGAUAUUCUCGUGGCGUGGUUGAUUUUCCGGAUCGAUCACAUCCUGUCGCGUGGACGGAAUAAGAGCAUCAUCUCCUACGUGGUCGUCUUCUGGCUGGCCAACCCGCUCACCGCCAUCAUUUCGGCACGUGGCAGUUCGGAUUCGUUGGUCUGCGCAGCUGUGCUAUUCGUCUUGUAUCUAAUUUGUAAAGGAAAGUGGUUCUAUGCAGCCUUGGCCCACGGAGCUCUGGCCAUCCACCUCAAGCUGUAUCCGAUCAUCUACCUCCCUUCCGUGCUCAUGCUCAUCAUUUCUGAAGGUGAAGACAUUCGCGAGAUGUGGGCCAAUUGUUCAUUCUUCGGCUUCGUCCGCCGUUUCUUCAACCUGCGAGCUAUCGGUUAUGCACUGACUGCCAUCGGCUCAUUUGCCUUGAUCGUCUUCGGACUCUACCAAAUCUACGGGCAAGAAUUUCUGGAGGAGUUUCUGCUCUACCACAUCGGGCGCCGAGACAUCAAGCACAACUUCUCGCCGUGGUUCUACCUCCUUUACGCUCAAGAAUCCCCUCUGUCCGUCUACAUUGGAUACCUGCCAUUCUUCAUCCAAAUCGCGUCGAUCCUCCACGACGCCGAAACGCUUUACUUUGACCUGCCGAUGUGUUGGUUCAUGAGUACUAUGCUGUUCGUGGCCGUCAACAAGGUCUCUACUAGCCAAUACUUUAUCUGGUAUUUGGUCUUCUUGCCAUUCGUCGCUUCGCGGGUCGAUAUGUCACUUAAACACUGUAUCAUCCUGAUCUCGUUGUGGUUGUCCGCUCAGGCAGCUUGGCUCGGGCUUGCCUAUCUCUACGAAUUCAAGGGGUAUGACACGCUGUUCUACGUCUGGAUGGCAAGCUUAUGGUUCUUCUUCGUCAACAUGGUGAUUCUGAUCGCCAUCGCUAACAGCUACCGGAGGAAUGUGCGAGACCAAGUGUUGAUGGAACAAUUCGCCGUCAAGAAGAAGAAAGAAGAA